AUGGCCAACUCGUUUCACCGAAAACACGACGACGGAUUAAAGGCAAGGGCGGCGGAUCGGGAUGGAAAGAGGAAGUGGUUGGAGGCAAUUGUGGACAAUUCAGGGUUGAACAGACGAUUUUAUAGGAUGACCGGGAGACCAUUUCCCUCCUGCAAGAAGGCUACCUUAUGGUUCGAUCUGAAUCGACAAAUGUACCAGGCCUUACAUUGUACUUUGCGGUCCGGUCCAACCCUUGCCUCGGCUGUAUCCUUCUGCGUCGGCACAUGCGCGUACGAUCUUCUCAUUGACCCCGACGCCAUCGGUGCUGGUCUGCCCGACGAUCAGAACCAGACUCAGACGCUAGAUUUGUGGAAGGCCGCGAGGGUCCAACUCAACUGCCUCGAGUCGACGGCGGGUCGCAUGGCCGGCACAGAAGCCGUUCGUCGCAUCUUUGGAUGUCUGAUGGUUCGAGAUCUAGUGAAGGUCACGAACCCGAGAGCCCGACCAGAGCAAACCGACGAUGUCGGCUUCGGCGAGAAGAUUAACAGCCUCAUCGCGGAGUCCGAUGGUGCUGGCGAAGAAGCUCAUCUGAAGAACAUGUCGCCACCACAGUUCCGCGUCGUCGUUCGGACCUCACUCCAGGAAUUUCAAGAUUUUGCGAAUCUGCUGUUGUUGCUGCGGCGGCGAUCUCCGGGGUAUCCUCAAAGUGUUCAUCCAAAAGUCCUUCGUACUUAUGCGCAAGUCUCUGCGCAUUCGCAUAAUUGGGAGCAGGCAAUUUCCCGCGGCUUCCUAGCCCGCGAGGCGAUCGCUCAAGCUCCCUAUGCCUGCGGCUUCGACCCAAAUUCGACACAUUUCCUGUCUUCUGGAAGCGUUCGGCGAACAGCAUUUCUCACAGUCCAGACAACCUGCGACCAGGAUGCAAGCGAAAAGGAGCGCAGCGAUGUGCAGGACGGCGAGCGGAGCAUCGAGCCUCGCGACGCACCCGACGCGGCCGAUUUGGACGAGGACGCAGGAUGCGACGAAAAGGAGCCAUUGGCACCAGUGCUUGAUCAAAGCGGAUGGAUUUUGGCAAAGCCGCUAGUCGCGCCUUUCUCACCACGACAUCUUCCUCUCCGCCCGCUCACCUCCGAACAACAACGAAGCAAUCACCCUGAUUUCCGAUCGUACGGCCUCGCUUGA